ACCGACAGGAGGACGGAGGGUGUUUUCCAGCUUUAAAAGCACCGGAGCCUGCCCCUCUGACAAACCCGCUCCGCGUCAUCGACCUGGGGAGACUUUUUAAAAACCUUUACCGUGCGAGCCAAACUCACCUCAACCUCGUUCCCCGCAGCUGCCGCUUCCCCUGAUCCAUUUAUUCCAGUUUCACUCGUUGCGCACAGUCUCGGAGUAGUGGAGUCAAAGUUGCUUUAUUUUUUAUUUUUAUUUUCUAAAUCCUUCUUGAUUUAUCGUUAAUGGUGUACAAACUGAAGCCGUUUGUUUGUUUGUUUGUUUUUUUUCUUUUUUUUUUUUUUUUUUUCCUUUUAGCCUUUAAUUAGUACCGGCAAGGGCUUCAUGCGUAGUCUUGCAGCCGGAGAAAGUUGCGCAUCGCUUGUUGAAUGCAGGAUAUCUUCUGCCUGAGAGUCAAAUCCAAGUUCAGCUUUGGAGCAGCCGGUAAGGAGCGGGGACUUGACUUUCUCACCUCUCUCGCCGCCGACAUGAAGUCUGCAGAAGAAGAUGCAUACAACUACACACCAAAUGUCAGCCUGGCUCUUCCUCUGGGUAUGAGCAACCCCUGUCUGGCCACACAGUACCACACCUUACAGUCCAGCCCUGUUAUCUCAGUUUCUUCUUGCUACCAGACAGGCUACGGCCUUCAAAAUGACAACUUUGCAGCAUCAGGCUAUUACCUGCCUCAUGGCUUGAGACCCAGUGGUGCUCCGGCUCUAGAAAGCCCUCGAAUUGAGAUUACUGCCUACAGCCAGUAUCCAGAGGAUGAGGUAGAGAAGAACAAUAGUGAAGACCACAUCAUCAAACGAGGUGUCAACUCCAUUGUCACAUUAACACUGCCCAAUGCAGACGGCUACCGCGAUCCCAGCUGCCUUAGCCCAGCAAGUAGCAUAUCUUCACGCAGUUGUAACUCUGAGGCAUCAUCAUAUGAGUCUGGCUUCUACAACUACGACAAUUCCCCACAAAACUCCCCCUGGCAGUCUCCCUGUGUUUCUCCGCGAGGGUCAUCCACACUUCUGUCAUGCCCACAUGCUGUCGGUCCUGCAGGCUCCCCUCACCAUUCGCCUUCCACCUCCCCUCAGAUAGGAGCUGUGGCAGAGGAGGGCUGGCCAGCACAACCUCGUGGCUCCAGGCCAAACUCACCAUCCUGCAGUGGAGGCAACGGAGGCAACAACGGAGGCAUGGGGAAGAGAAAGUACAGCUUCAAUGGCUCUUCCUACCAUCAGACAGCCUGUUCACCCAAUCAAUCGCCCACUCCUUCUCCACACGGCUCCCCCAGGGUCAGUGUCACAGAUGAGACCUGGGUUGCCAACACCAACCAGUACACCAACUCUGCCAUCGUAGCAGCCAUUAAUGCUCUCACCACAGAUGGAGUGGUGGACAUGGGGGAGGGGAUCCCACUCAAGACACGUAAGACCAUGCUGGACCUCUCACCCUCCAUGAGCCUUAAGGUGGAACCUGGUGGUGAGGAGCUGGGACCAGAUGUGGAGCUCUGCCAUGAGGACUACCCCUCCCGCUUGGCCAUCAAGAAGGAUAACUAUUGUGGAGGGUUCCUGGAUGUACCUCAACAUCCAUACUCCUGGCCUAAACCCAAGCCUUACCUCAGCCCUUCUAUGCCGGCGCUUGACUGGCAGCUGCCGUCCUGCUCCGGCCCAUACAGCUUGCAGAUCGAGGUACAGCCGAAGUCCCACCACAGGGCCCAUUAUGAGACAGAGGGCAGCCGAGGAGCUGUGAAGGCACUGUCUGGAGGACACCCUGUGGUUCAGCUUUAUGGCUACAUGGAAAGUGAGCCGCUCACCCUGCAGCUGUUCAUAGGGACUGCAGACGACCGCCUCCUGCGACCACAUGCCUUCUACCAGGUCCACCGCAUCACUGGCAAAACAGUCUCCACUGCCAGCCAUGAAGUUAUGCAAUCCAACACCAAAAUUCUGGAAAUCCCUCUCCUGCCUGAAAACAACAUGAAAGCUAUUAUUGACUGUGCAGGAAUCCUCAAGCUUCGUAACUCAGAUAUUGAGCUACGCAAAGGGGAAACAGAUAUUGGACGUAAAAACACUCGUGUGAGGUUGGUGUUUCGAGUACACAUCAACCAGCCCAAUGGCAGGACAGUGUCCCUACAGGCAUCCUCAAACCCCAUUGAAUGCUCCCAGCGCUCAGCUCAAGAGCUUCCCCUGGUUGAGAAGCAGAGUGUGGACAGCUACCCUGCCACUGGAGGCAAAAUGAUGUUUCUCAGUGGUCUCAACUUUCUCCCUGAGUCCAAGGUGGUGUUCGUGGAGAAAGCACAGGAUGGGCAUCAUCUGUGGGAAACUGAAGCCAAAGUUGACAAGGACUCCGUCAAAUCCAAUACUCUCCUUGUGGAGAUCCCACCAUACAGGAACCAGAGAAUAUCCAGCCCUGUGUCGGUUAACUUCUACGUCUGCAACGGCAAGAGGAAGAGGAGCCAGUAUCAGCGCUUCACCUACCUGCCUCCAAAUGUGCCGAUAAUAAAGACAGAACCCAAUGAUGAUUAUGAUUCUCUGGGGACUGUUGGGCUGUCCAUGCAUUCAAAGCCGUACUACGGCCAGCCCAGGCUCACUUCCAUCAUGCCUGUGGCCGAUCCAGAGACCUGCCUUGUUGGUGGCUACCCUCCCUGCCCGCCUUGCCAUGCUGCCAUUCCACUGUCAUCCCCCAGCUCCAGCCCUACCCUGCAUGACCUUUCCCCUGUGGCAUACAGCAAGUGCCUCCCCAACAGCCCAACCAAUGCGGCACCACCAGGUACCGGGGUGCCCCCUGUUCAGGAGACUCCUGGCUGCCCUACUCUUACCCACUCAACAUCACCCGAUCACAACUCUUCCAUGGGGAUGCUCCACUCUCACAGCAGCCCCAAUCACCUCAACAGCCCGGCACCCCAUGGUUACCACCCUAUCUAUGCCAACAGCAGCCCCUCAUCCUCACCAGUGUCCCACCCUUCCACUCCCAGUGGGCCUGCAGAGAGCCCGUUUGUUCAGGCCUACAGCCCCGGUCAGGUGCAGACAGCAGUCAGCUCAACCCAGGCUGGAGGAAGCCCACCCAGCCUGCUACCUGAGGAUGCCAGUCCCCCGUCAAUGGCCAUAACCAUCAAGCAGGAGCCACAGGAGCUGGACCAGAUGUACCUAGAUGACGUUAACGAGAUCAUUAGAAACGACCUCUCCAGCAUCUCUGUGCACACUCAUGCAUAGAGAUCCAGAUGUCUUCUGCUGCAGCACACACACAAUCAAGCAGCAGCAUCAACCACAUGAGGACAAAAAAAGAAAAAAAAAAGUGAAGAUCCAGAUAAUGAAGAAAGAAGAAAAAAGUUUUGACCAGGAUCUCCCACCUGAUCAUCGUCCCCAUCAGCUCCACUUCACUCGUUGCAGACUCCCUGACAAUCACUGGCAAGCUGUAUUUGAAUAAACAGGUGAAAUGUUUCAUUUUAAAAAAAGAAAAGAAAAAGGAAGUGAUAUCAGGGGCAAAGUAUGUGACUGUACUUGCCUUAAUUCACAGCAGAUGCUCUUUAGUGGACCAAGCAGCUCAAUGAGACUGAAUUACUCCUCUGCUCUUUUAUAAAUGACAAUCUUCAUUUUGAGUGUGAUCUGUAUGUUAAUGCAUGGACAAGCUAAUGGGAAGUGUCAAGCUUCAUCACUUUGGUUCGUUUGUUUGUGCAGAUGGUCAGUUACAACCAAACUGGUGCCUUACAGCAGCGAUACUGACAGCAAACAGCAACAGCAGUCACACAAACGGUUCACUGAAACCCAAAACAGACGUUUUAUAUGAUGUUUUUGUAUCAUUUCAAUAAUUUGUUUACAGGGAAACAGAAUAAAAAGGCUGGGUAAUAUGUAGGGAGUGUGUGAAUACAUUAUAAUUGUACUUUUCUUGCUUCCUUACUAUUAUCUUUGUUCAUAUAUGCUGAAUGUUAUGUAUAUUAUUCUUUUGUAUAAACCUGUCUUUGAAAAUAUGUAUGCCUUAUGCUUAUAUCAUGAAUUACUUUUUUAAGCUUCUGCUUUUCUCUUUGUCCUCCCUUUAUAUAAGUUUUUUUUUUUUUUUACUUCUACCCUGCAUUACACUUUUCACCUUAGUGCCUAUUUUUCAAUCAGCCUUUCCCAGUCUUCCACCCAGAUCAUGACAUAAUAAUGCAAAGACAAUCAGAGAAAAUGAAGUACAUAUCAUAUGACAAGCAGCUCCUGGUUUAUAGGUGCUGAUAAAGGCAAGUGACAGGAGUUUAGUUUUUCCCCAGCAUCAUGAUCGACGAACAAUGGUAUGCUUACCUGCUGAAACUAAAUAACAAUACUCCUGGACAGUAUACGUCCUUUCCUUCUUGCACUGUUUGCAUGUAAAUAGGCGCAGGGAUAUCCUAAGUGCACCACAAACUUCGUUUUCCUCAUCAUCUGGGUGAUUUCACUAAGGAGAUGGCAGGACUGUUAUUUACAGCUGGCAAUAAUUGAUCUGAGUAAACCAAAGGAUUUUAUCUUUGGUGAAAUUAUUGUCCAAGUUUCCUAUUUCUGUCGGAGACUUUAGCGCUGAGCGGUUUCCCCUCUCGUACACAAAACAUUUUGCACUUUACCGCAGGAACAGAGCAGACCAGGCCAAAUAUUGUAGAGUGAUUUCCACAGUCGUGUCACAGACUCUUCUUUCACAAAGCUGCAGCUUUUUCCAUGUUAUUUGUCUUUUUGGAGCAUGCGCACCAUACUAAUGUUGUGGAUCAUUUAGCUAAUAGUAGCAGCUUCCACACUAGCUUCCUAGUACAAUUGUGGACUUAUUCUGUAAUAGCAUGACUAAACUGUAAUGAAUAAGGUUUCUAUUUUUUGUGCCUUACUAUCUUUUUCAUGGCUUCAGAAUCACUGCAACUGUGUGAUGCUUUUCUGUGUAGGCACAAGGUGAAACAUAUUUCUCUUUAAUAUGAAAUAUUUAUGAAAAAUUAAAUGUGUUUUAGGUGCAUUUAAUGUGUUCUCUAAAAAUGAAUUAAUAAAUGGUAUAAUGGUGACCAUAAAUAACAGAAGUCCUGGUUUUAUAUUUCCAUUUUUGUUCUUAUAUAAUUGAUUUUGUCCAAUAAACUAAACUCUGCUUUGACAUUUU